UGUUAAUCGAUAAAUUAUCGUUAUCGUCGAUAACGUUAAUUGUGUUCAACGUUAUCGCUCACUGCGAUGAUGAUAAAUUAUCACAGAAUCUAUCGGCGUUCGAUAAUUUAACGUAAGUUAACUAAAGUCAACUUGGGUUAAUUUUGAUCACGGCAAUCUCAGACGCAAAUACUUGACUUUUAUUCUCACAAGUUCCACAACUCGACUGUGAAUGGUGUGCUGCUUCGUAAAUUAUGGACCAUAAUUUGAACCAACUUCCUUGGAAGAAUUAUGAGAAAUACUUCCGCUUCUUCAGGCAAAAAUCUGAAAAUUUUGAGGUGACAUGUUUGCUGUGCCCCGCAGACGCAGCAAGCAUAAGCUGCGGAUACUCAUCUUCUGCGAAUUUGAGAAGCCAUUUGUUGCGAAAGCAUAAAUGGAACACCGAUAUGUUCCGGAUGGAGUUCCAUACUCAGAAGAGACAGCGCCACGAUAAUGACAGCGAAAAGUCGAUCAUCACCCAGAUGGACGUGCACAAUAUUGUAGACAGCCUUGUCAUCAACGAAGGAUUGCACUUCAGUAUUGCAGACUCACCGUACUUCAAAAGGGCGAUUGAGCUGGGAUUGCCGGAGAAUCUUUCAGUUGGGUGUCGCCAAUCACUAACGAAACGGAUGGAUGCAAGAUUUAACGAGAUGAUCGAGAAGCUUAAAUCAAAACUGAUGUCGGUGCAGUACGUUGCCACCACUGCAGACUGCUGGACCAAAUUUCGAAGAAGCUUUUUAGGAAUGACUUUGCACUGGAUCGAUGAAAGCACCAUGGAAAGGAUGUCUUGCGCACUGGCAUUAAAAAGGAUUAAAGGAAGACAUACGGCGGAUGCCCUUGCCGCUGCAAUCCAUGGUGUCCAUGCGGACUUUGACUUGCUUUCAAAAGUUCGUCGAUGCACAACUGACAGUGCAGCAAAUUUACGAAAAGCUUUUCGUGAAUAUGCAUAUGUGGAUGGUUCCGAAGAAAGUGAUAACGAGCAAUCAGAAGCGGAUGGUGUGGAAUUCGGUAUCGUAGAUGUAAACACAUUGUUGAUGAACGAUGAAAACAUGGAAAAAUAUUACCGACUACCACCCCAUCAGAGAUGUGCAAGUCACAUUCUCAAUCUUGUUGCAUCUAAUGACGCACAGAAGACUGAGGGCAAGAAAUACAAUCAGAUGCGCGAAGCUGUCUUGAAAAAAUUGAAGGUUUGGUGGAGACUGCAGAGCAAAUCGUCCGUUGUGGCAGAUACCAUCAAGGAUUGCGUUGGCGUUUCCCUAAUUAUUCCUGUUAAAACUAGAUGGAAUUCAGAGUAUGAUUCGAUUGCACAAGUAAGACUAUUUCUUUUUUAUAAUACAGUUAGUUUAUUCUAGAAUAUUUUUGCAGAUUUGCAAUCUCAUGAAAACAGUCCCGGAGAAACUUGAAACCGCAGUGCAGAAAGCAGGACUGCAGAAGCUCGAUGCCCAGGACCUUUGUUUUCUGAAGGAAUACGUUUGGGUUACCCAGCCCGUUGCUUAUACGCUCGAUCUGCUGCAACGGGAUAAGUAUAUGUUUGCAGGCUUUCUUCUCCCGUCCGUAUACGGACUCCAAAGAAAUUUGGAGAACAGAAAGAUGAUGGACGACAAACCCUUGAAAUACUGCUUACCGCUGUUGUUGAAGCAGAUUGCAGCAUUAACAACAGAUCGCCGAUUUGGAAUAAUGCUGAACGAAACAGAUCUAAUAGUGGCAACCUGCCUGUUGCCGCAAUUCAAAUUUGACUGGAAUGGUGUAGCGCAACCCGAAAAACGAGACGAAAUUCGACAAUUAAUUUUGAAAGAAAUGGAGAAAAUUGAUUUGAAUGAGAAGGAAUCUGAAGAUCUUGCUGCCGAAAAUGCGAUGGAGAAGUUCCCGGAUGAGAACGAAUUGGAUGAAGAAACGGACUUUUUUGGAAUUCUAACACAAAAAUGUCAACCAACAUCGAACUCAGUGGAAUCUUGUCAGGAGGAAUUUGAUAGAUUUUUCAACAGUCCGACAAAUCUGUCAAUCGCAGCGUGUUAUGGGGCGCAAAAUCCUAAACCGUUCCGAAGACUACGAAAACUCUUUUUAAAAUAUAAUACAGCGUUACCUACAAGUGCAAGCGUUGAAAGGCUUUUCUCGCUUGUUGGAGCUGUUUUCAGUCCAGGAAGAGCAAACCUAAGCGACACCAAGCUGGAACAGCAAUGUCUUUUGUCAGCAAAUGCUGAAAUAUUGUUUUGAAGUUUUUUUUGUUUAUAAUGUUUAUUCUAAGGCGCGUUGAAUUAUAAAUAAAUUGUUUUAAAUUGUAUUUGGAAUCUUUAUUAUUAGCUUGUUCUGGUUAUAGGAACCUGCUUUUGAGUAAAUCACGAGUUAGUCUCAAGUUCCCCAAUUCCAUAGUUGGCAGUUUUUCUGAGUAAGUCUUGAGGUUCAAUUCUAAGCUAUCGUGUUGUGGGUGACAAAACGUCGUGGUAAUCAUAUGCUCUGGAAUUCAUCCUCCUAAGGUAUAACAAUGAACGGUUAAUUGGUAGAACAGUUAGAUUAGUCCCCGACUGGUGUAGCACAUUCACACUCUGGUCAUACAAAUUGCGUAGAAGCUUCAAAUUCUACAAUAAAAAUGUCACAUUGAAUGUUUUUUCAUCAGACAUUAAGUCUUGCUUUCAACAGUUAACUCGAUAAUUUUCGAUAAAUUAUCGAAAGUACGAUAGCGAUAACGAUAAUUUAUCGCACUGCUUACCGUUAUCGACUGAUUAUCGAAAAGCCGUCAACGAAGUCAAAGUUGGCGUUAAAUUAUCGACGAUAAUUUAUCGAUUAACAA